AUGGAACAAGAGCAGGAGCAAGUUCACAUGCUGCGAGAGGAACCCCCAUCCUACUCCCUCUCCCAGUCGCACGACCCUCCAUCUUUACAUCUUCCCUCUGCCCCCUCGACCGAUCCCCAACCUGUCCAUCAUGAUCGCACGCUGCCACCCUUACCAGCUCCCGCUCGACCAGAGCCACGAAAUAAGUCUGAACCCGAGGAGCAUCCGUUCACCUGGCCGUCGUCCAAUCCCCUGACGGCAUAUUACCAGCCGGGACCGGCGCAAUUAUCGCCCAAGAAUACAUCGAGUGGCAUGGGGUCUCCAACUGCGAUGGACCUGGGUACACCUGAUAGUCGAGGAGGUCGGGGCGGAAGCGUGCUCUCGAUUGAUGAUCCAGAUGUGCGGCUUGCCGCCGAAGCUUUGGGGGAUCUUCGUGCUGACUUUGUACAAUCUCCUCCCCAACGUCACAACUCACUACCCUCAUCCUCUCCACGCAAUUCCCGAACGAGAGGGGCACAGCAGGCAGAGCCCUUGCUCUCCCUCCUCACAACUUCUCACCCACUAAUCGGUACCGCAAUCGGGGGCUCCCUCUCAGCCUACUCAGCAUCCAAAAACUAUAGCCCACGGUUUAAAUCGGGCGCGGAAUAUGUGGAAAAAAGGUUCUCGCCAGUUGUCAAUACAGUGGGUUCCGUCGGGCGCCUAACGGGCGUUGAAGGAGGAGUACGUUGGUUUCUCGGUGGGCGGCGACCAAGCCAUCACUCACCAUCUGAUGCGGAAACUGCUGGAGAGGGUUCAAACAAACGCCGCAAAGUUGAGACGGAUGGCCAAGAAACGGAUAGCAAUGUGCCACGCGACCCGUAUCCAGUCUACCGGCAAGAAUUGCAACAUCGACAAAGGGCGCCAAGCCACAGUUCAACAGCCGAUAGCCUACCGGCAUAUGAUGAUUAUAGAAGCCCUAGUUAUGAAGACACUGAGAGGGCUUUGGUACCUGCGCAAUUACAGGGCGAGGUGAGAAGUCCGGGAAGUUCCUGGCAGUCACGGCUCGUAUUAUCCACAAGCGGGCUCAGUGUCGCAAUGAGCGAUGAGAGCUUACGCAGCCUGAAGUAUUGCUUAAGCUGGCUCAGCUGGGCGAAUGAGCACAUCGGGAAAGUCAUUCUGGCCUUAAAAUCGGCACUAGAGCAAUAUGAUCAAUCGCCGGCGUACGAAAAUUCUGGCGCAAUCACUAAUUCCGAUGAGAAAGGUGAACAACAAGGACAAUUGGUGGUGAGAAGUGAGGCCGAGCGCUCGGCUUUGAAUGCGAAGGUCGCAGAACUAAAGGGUGAUGUCUUGAAAACAUUGAAAGAAGUUGUCGACGUUGUAUCAAAAUAUGCAGGAGGGGCAUUGCCAGACAAUGCGCGGGAACUAGUCAAGAGACAUCUGACAUCCUUGCCUCAAAGAUUCCGUCUUGCCAAUUCGCGCAGCAGCGGGGAAACCGGCAGCUCGCGGAACCUAGAGCAGAGCGAUGCAGAGAUAGAGGGGGCACACAGAGUUCUGGUCCUAGCCAAAGAAGGGCUCGAUAUGAUGUCGCAGGUAUCGGGUGUACUUGAUGGUACAAUCACCAGUGCAGAGGAAUGGUGCGAGAGACUAGGGAAGAAGAAGCGCGAGGAAGCCGAAGGCGAGAUGGGCAGUUCCAGCACUCCUGGAAAUUUGGAAAAGCCACCUCCUCAAUUACCAAAAAUAGACGGCCAAGAUAAUGGGGAUUUGAGGCGUUCUUCAGAUGUGAAUAUGGGAUAA